GUCCUUGGAAAGAAUUCGAGAAAGUUUUCCAUUGUACAGGCGGUCCCCGAGAUACACGGUACCUCUUAUACACGGAUUCGGAGAUACGCGGAUUUCUAAAUUUGACAAUUCUUUGAACAAAUUGUACUGAUUUGACACAUCAAUUUUAAAUUGCCAAACAAUUUCCGUUUUGAUCGAAUGUUAAAAACUAUUUCAAAUGGUUUAAAACUGUUAUAUUCAGUCAGAAUCAUAUCAACUAAUUCAUAAAGUAACUAUAACCUCCCCCUACUUGCAAAAUUACACGACCAUUACUGAUAUUUUAGCUGGAAACCACGAGAUUCGACUUACGCGGAAAUUCGAGAUACGCGGUAUUUUGUGGCCGUUUUCGGUCCCCAUCAACCGUGUAUCUCGGGGACCGCCUGUAUUAGAUUUUUUUUCUUAUUUUCAAAGUCUCUGCUUGUAAAGGAUUUCUUCAGUAGAUCAAAUACGAAAGAAAGUACUGAUUUGCCGGGUGAAAAUAGGAACGAAGUGUCAACGGGGUUAGUGUAUUAGAGUGUAUAGGUUUAUACCUAACGUAUUAAUAAAAGCAGGACGUAACCCUCUAUCUAAUAAGAUAACGAAUCUGCCCUAGUAUGUAUCUGUAUUAUUGAGUAUGAAUAUAUCCCUAAAAGCAUGGCUCAAUGAAUGAUUGUAUGUUUCUUCCAAUUUAUUCAUUUCUAACAUGCAAUCUAUCCUUUAUAGAAACUUUUGCUCGAAUUUCUUUCUAUUUUCUCCAACUAUGUUUUCAUUUAACGUCCGUUGUUGUUAUAUGUGCAUGGGGUGCGUUGUGUGUGUGUGUGGCAGCUUAUAAGUGAAAGAAUAACAAAAAAAAUAAUGCAAACCGAUCGAAAGUUGUUGUUAUGAUGCCAGAAGUUGUGGAAAGAAAGAAAGUAAGACAAAUAAAAGCAAAAUAAGUAAAUGUUGAAACAGGAAACUAGCAAAACGAGGAGAGAGAGCGAGAGAAACUAAAAACAAAAAUAAAAGAGGAAAAAUUUAAACAUUAUAUGCUGCAAAGAAGGAAGUGCAGACAGAACUGGAACAUUGAAAACGGAAAAGCAAAACAUACAGUGGCUUUUGAUACGAAUAAAAAAAUGACUAAAAAUAUAGUACAGAAUGUAGAGGAAGAGAUGAAAAAACAAAAAUUAAAAAAAAAACAGAGAAAAAGACAGAAUAAGCGACAAAUACAUACAUACACUACGUAAUAUAUCAACAUACACCAUUGAGUUUUGUACAUGUGUUGUGUGCAUGUGUGCUAAAAAAGGGAAACAAUAUUUCCCGCUCGCUCGCGGAGAUAAGCAUGGAUAUGGUAAAUGGAAAAAAAAAUCUCGUAAAAAGAGUUAAAUCGGUUGAGGAGUUUAUGACACUACUGUUGACAAUGAUUUUGAAAAGAGAGUAAAGUAAAGAGUGAAGCAGGGAAAAUAACAUAAGAAAAUAAUACCAAGCAGACGCACAUGCACUAACAGCAAACCUACCAAUAAAGAAAUCAAUAAAAAAAAAACGAAAGACUCAGAGUAAUAAACGCAAAUCAAUAUUCAAACCGCAAGUGUGUAUAUUUAAUUAAAAAGUUUAAAUAAUUUUUUAAAAAUCUAAAAAUUUAAGGUAAUAAUAAUCCUUCUCCAACGCAGAAUGGAAAACGACACAUGGCAACUACUUCACAACACACACAGCCUGCUUUGGUGGAACAAUUUUCCUGUAGAACACACCUGGAACACCAAAAACGCUUUCAGAAAAGAACAUUUCAAUCUAAGUAGCCAUAACAGCGUGUGAGUGUACUGAGAGGAACGUCCUACGCUUAGAACAGAAGACAGACAACGAACGCGUACUAAAUUAUCCACAAAAUGAAAACGAAAUUUCCCUGCGAUGACAAUGCCCACGCCGAGCACGCUCGUUUGCUAGCCGUUUGGAAGAGUUGCGAAUACAUACGGUGCCAGCUAGAGCCGGUCGCAGAAAAGCUACGGCUACAGUUCCAGCAGCAAGAUUCCUGCCAUUCCGGCACGAUACCGGUGUACCUGUUUGCCAACAUCCUUGCCUGCCACCUGGGAGAAGCUGUGAACAAGGAGUCGGUUUGUCAGCUUGCCGAAUACUUUAGCGCCACUGCUGGCCGCACGUCGUACGAUCAGUUUUGCGAUGUUCUGUUCGGCAAAGAGAAGGGCACCCGCUCGCCCUAUGAUGGUGAUGUUCGCGACCAUCCUGACGAUCGCUUGUCCGUGUACGAACAUCGCAAGCUGGCGCUGAUGCUGAUGUCGAUCGCGAAAGCGUUGCGCUAUCGGGAGCACGUGCUAACGCCCUACUUCGAGGACUACUCGCUAACGACCAACACGGCACCAUACUGCACGGUACGGUAUGCGACACGCGUGCUUUACUUUUUGGGAGUAACGCUCGCCAAGCCGGACACCGUUCUGCUCGUAAAGCGCUUCUCGACCAAUGGGCAUAAUUUCAACUACAAAGCAUUUAUCGACGAGAUCGAUCAGCUGGUUCGCUAUGUGGAUGCGCACGACGGUGCACUCGACCGGGAGAAGGAUGAUGCGGCAGUGCCACCGAAAAUCAUACACACCCACCUGCCUAAGGUGGAUCGUACGGAGAUUGGUACCGUACCGUUGGCCACCCUGCUGGGUAAGCGUUUCGCUUUUCAUCCCUGUUUGGAUGCGGCCCGGCGGGACUAUGGGCUGGAGGAGCUGCUCCUGCGCAUACAGCGACACAUUUGGAAUGGAUCGAUCGGUGCGAAGGACUUUUUCCAGCCGUACGAUCCGCAGCGCUGUGGAUGGAUGGCCAAGAGCACCUUUAUCCGCUGCCUGGACGUGAUAGGACUUUCGCCCCUCGAUCGAUUGCCUUUGAAUGAGCGGGAAAUUAAGCAGCUUUGCAAACGAUAUGCUGACCCGAAAGAUCCUUGCAAAGUGCACUGGACGGCUUUUGUGGACGAAAUGGAGCGGGUGUUUACGGAGAAGCAUCUGGACAAGGGGCCGUUCAAGCAGCUCGAAAGUCCUCCACAGGCGGUGAAGAAUUUACCCCACCCUGGGAAGGAACAGCUGGCCGAGGACGCACUCCACGAUGCUGAGCGGAUUGUACGUGAGCUGAAGCGCAAAAUCGCCUGCAAAAGCAUAUUGAUCGAGCCACCGUUCCAAGAUUUCGAUACGCAUCGUAACGGUCACGUUAGCUUCAGCCAAGCUCGGGAAGUGUUUUCCAUGUGUGCCGUACAUCUGGAGGAGCGGGAAGCUUUCCUGCUGGAAAAGCUGUACGGUGACACAUUGGGCUUUCAUUACAAUCAAUUCCUGAAGGAUGUUGGAGUGACGGUUCCAGCCGAUGAGAACAGCACACUUCCGUAUCGAAAAAUUAUCGAAAUGAUCAACAAAGACCAAACGGCACCGGCAGAGCCGAUGCCCUGGGAGCGAGAUAUCGUUCGAGUGCUGGCAAAGGUGAAGGCCCAAACUGUACGGCGCCGGUUACGGUUGGUAGAUUAUAUGGAAGGAUUUGAUCCGCUAAACCACCACCGUAUCAGCGAUGAGCAGUUCUGCCGAGGCUUGUCAACGGCCAGCGUUCAGCUGACUCCGAACGAGAUGCAGCUGCUGUGCGAGCUGUUCCGCACACCCACCUGCCAGACGGUGGACUACAGGCGGUUCUGUGAUACCGUAGCCGAAGUCGACUAUCAACCGUACCUGGAGCGAGCACCGCUGCUAGUACCGUGCAGCCAUUUUCCGGCCGACGAGCAGCCGGUCAAUUUUCUCAACUUCCACGAGCGAACCAUCCUGUCCAAGGUGCUGCAGAAGCUCGCCCGCCAUGCGGACAUUGUGUCGAAUUUGGGCUCGCUGCUGAAAGAUUUCGACCGGCAGCAGAUCGGACACGUGGGCCGAAACCAGUUGCUGCGCGCGUUCGCAACGCGCGACCUGCACACGCGCAUCUCGAGCCGCGAGUUUGAGACGCUGUGCAAGUAUUUUGCGGUGGAAGUUGGCUAUCGACAGGAAGUGAACUACCGUGCGCUGCUGGACGCAUUGGAUUAUUUGUACGAAAAUCGAGAAGUUCAUCCAUUUUAAGCACGAUUUAUUCUGUCAAAUAAAGAUUUUUAUGUCUUGAAACGACCAAGCGUUUUACGGUUAGCAGAAGGUUAAUAGGCCGUUUUAAUAAUAUUUUGCACGAUUCAGAAGAGCACACAAAUAAUUAUACACAGAAGUCGGUGGCUUACGUCUGUUCAGUUCAAUGUCGCGCCAAG